UUGUAGUGAAUCGCGGUUGUUGUGGUAAUUAUGAUUGUCAUGUUUUGGAGCUCAUUCUUGUAUAUUUCUCUUAUGUGUGAUACUGUCUAUCAACUAAGCUACGACUAUAUAAAAACAACGCCGUAUUCCCUGCUAGUUUCAUUGGUAGAUUCAAUUCUGCCAUGUUCAGUUUACCCUGAUUUUCGAUUUUAUACUUGAUUACCUCAAAAUUUGUGAUGUACAGUGAUGACUACUCAGAUACCACUGUCAAAAUAGACAUUAUAAUUCAUGAGAAAAGGCACAGGGGAACUCGAUCUGAAGACAUCUUUCAAAUGUAACUAAUACUAUUCACUUGAUUCCCAGAAUUGAGUCUGAAAAUUUGACUUCUCAUAUCUGGAGGUUCGUCAACUCUUCUAAUUGUCUUGUAAAUACAUUUAUAAUAGGUUCAAGAUCAAAACAGGAGGUUCCAAAAUAGUCCUCAACAGUUGUCAGUGCAAGUUAUUAUUCACAUUGUCCUUCCGUUUAUUUUACCGCCCUUUUACUCUAUCUCGUGUCGUAAAAGUAACCGUGUGUUGCUAUAUCAUUAACUUUUGCAAGUCCUUUUUCUGCUGUUACCCGACGAUGAAAAUUAGCAUGUGACUGCACCUAACCAGUCUUACUUAUACUGUCGUGAAAUAUGAACUUGCGAGAACAUUUCGUGCCAGCCCGCUUUGACCUGAAGACCAGAUAAAAUGUCUUAGAGAUGUUUUUGACUUGUUGUCAAUUAGCCUGGUUAUCACCGCCAUCUAAGAUCUCGACAUGAUGGACGACUCAGAAACCUACAAAUUAUGGCGAAUUCGUAAAACCAUUCUCAAGAUGUGUAAAGAUAGAGGUUAUCUAGUAAUGCCUAAAGAAUUAGAGCAAUCACUCGAAGAUUUCAAAGCAACAGUCGGAGAUCCACCAACGAGAAAGGAUCUUCUCAUGGUCGUUAACCAUGAAGAAGAUCCUGCUGACAUGCUAUAUGUGUUCUUUCCAGAGGAAGAAAAAGUUAACAUGAAGACUGUCCGUGCAUAUUUAAAUCAGAUGCAACAAGAUAGUACCUACAGAGCAAUUUUGGUCCUUCAAGAAAAGGGUCUCACACCUUCUGCGAAAACAGCUAUUGCGGAACUUUCGUGUAAAUACACUUUGGAAUGUUUCUUUGAAAAUGAACUAAUGGUCAAUAUAACGGAACAUCAGUUGGUUCCGCAACACAACGUUCUCACACAGGAAGAAAAGAAAGAAUUACUCGAAAGAUAUAGGUUAAAGGAAAAUCAACUUCCCAAAAUGCAAGCUAGCGAUCCUGUUGCUCGAUAUUAUGGUUUAAGAAGAGGUCAAGUUGUACGAAUUACCCGGCCAUCAGAAACAGCCGGACGAUAUAUCACUUAUAGAAUAGUUUUGUGAAUAAAAUUGUGUACAG